AUGAGGCUUAUCAUCUUGGCUAUUGUGUUUCUUCUAGCUCAUAUCGCAGAUGGUGCCUGCGUGCGUCGCAAAGAAUUAAGAUGGAGAAGAUUCGGAGCCUUCUUCUCGUCAUUCUUUCGUAAAUUCCUUAGUAUAGAAAUGAGGACGAAUUUUACUAGCCAAGAUCUAUUGCUUGGCUAUUACGUGCUUCUUCCUACCAGCGACCAAAAGGGUGGAACAAAAUUCCUUGAUCUCGCAUCUCUUUCAUAUUAUGGCGAUUACUGGCCCGUGUUCAUGCGCUUCCGUCAAGUGGGGAGAAUAUUUACUUUCGAGUACCCACUGACCUCGCAACAGUUCAUGGAUGGCUUAUACGAUUGUAAGCUGGAGCUUUAG